GGGUGACGUCAACGCGACAACAACAAAACCGAGAGCAGGCUGCCUUAGUCCAGGGCGGAGGGCGAUCCGAGCCACUCUUUCUCCUCUAUGGCGAUCGCCGGAAGACGCGACGGCGACGAUGCCUCGGAAGCGGGGGCCAGGGUCGGGGCUGGGGGCGGCGGGGCUGGGGCGAUGCCCACGGGGAAGGGGGACCGCUCUGCGGGAGCUCGCCAGUUCAGAGGCGGGUCUCUGCUCAGCUGCAUAGCGAGCGUGAUUACCUGGAAGAGACCGCUGUACACUUCACUGCUGUUCAUCGCCACCAAUGCGAUAUUCUGGUUGGUGGCACUCAGUUCCUGGAGGUUGUACCACCUGCUGACCUUGUGUCUGAUGGUCCUGGUCACCGUGCAGAUGAUGAAAGACAUGGUCCUCGCCAGAAAAAGAGGGGCCAGUUUAUGGCGCAGUAUGACUGAAAGCUGGGAGGUCAUUGAUUCAGGCCCAGACACCAGGGCAGGGGUCGGCCAGCUCGCCGAAUCCUGGGUGAGCGUCAAGCUGUUCCUGCAGGAGCUGUCCUCCUUCAAGCAGCAGAAUCCUGGAAAGUUUUGCCUGCUCGUCUGCAGUCUGUGCACGUUUUUGGCGAUUCUGGGCCGGUAUAUUCCUGGGGUCAUCAUCUUGUAUGUCGGAGUGUCGGGCAUCUUCUUGUGGCCCCUCCUCUCAUCACACGAAUUUGGGCUGUGGAUGGAGCCAGUUCUGCAGAAACUGGACUUCGGGGUGGCCGACUUCCUGCAGAGGAUCAAGGAAAAUCACGAGAAGCGGAUGCUCCAGAGACGGGAUGAAAUCAGCGAGGCCGAUGAGUCUGCCCUCUUCCCCAAGCUGGAUUCAACCGUUUGCAAGGAUAUGUCAGUGUCAGACACGGAGGUCUCCGAGGUGACGUGGACAGAUAAUGGCACCUUCAACCUCUCAGAGGAACACACCCCUCAGACGGAAAAUUCAGAAGAAUUGGACAGACGCAGUGAUGUCGACGAGGUCUUCAUGGGCGGACUCCCAGAGUUCCCGUCACUGGACAACGGCGUGGGGACCAACGGCGACGAAGAGGAGCUCAGCAUCGGCCUUCCGAACCCGUCGGGCGAGUCGUCUCAGACGGCGCUGGAGCUGGUGAACCGCAUGGCGGGAGACGUGAUCGCCGCCACCAUCACCGCGGCCAUCCAGGAGCGGCUGGAGGGGGUGGCGGGGGCCCCCGCGGCCCGGCCCCGGCCCCCGCUGGACUCGGUGGAAGACUCGGACAGCGAGGCCGAGGACUUCGAGCUGCUGGACCAGUCGGAGCUGGAGCAGCUAGAGAGCGAGCCAGAGGCCGCAGAGUCUCCUGGCACCCCCAACAAGUCCUUCUUGUCGUCCCUUCUGAGGCGCCAGUGAGCGUGGGGCCCGGUGGAGGGGGGUGGGGUCCUACAGGCCCCCCACCGCCAGGAGAGGAUGGUCCUGCUUCACAUCUACCUUUUAGAGCUAAACCAUGCUGACUCUCGCCCACAGGGAGUAAUCUUUUGGCCAGAUGGGACAGCUUUGGUCUGUACUUGAUUGUAGCUGGGAGUGUUUGUGGAGGAGAUCAUGACUUUGUCACCUGCUAUUAUCAAGCUGUCGUGUUGCGUCUGUCUGUUUCUGCCUUGGUAUUAGUAGCGUUAAGUGGACAGCUGUGUCACAGGUGUGACCUAAGGGCUGUGUGUAAGUGUGUGUGUGUGUGUGUGUAAGUGUGUGUGUGUGCGCCCUAACGUCCCAGCAACCCUUAGGAUCAAACCAUUGGCAUUGGUGGUGGAUUUUUGACAUACACACACACACACACACACACACACACUCCUGGAUGCCACCGACAGAGACAGUACCCAACCCUGAUGACAAGCCAUUCUGUUCGAACGAAACGACAAUCAGUUGCUCGUCACUCGGACAACCAACCCCCCCCCAGUUCAGCAUCAGGACCGAAUCAUCUCUGUUCUCACCGAUCUUGGGAAUAGUCAGUUAGAUCUCGAGUGGUUUUGGUACCUACAAAUCACCAAAUUAUCUUCUGCGCUCCCUUUUCACAAGUUAAUUAGGAGAACCUGCUCUUACGGCUGAGGUUUCUGUAGCCCGGGGGUUUCCAUACCCAGCUGGUACCAUGAAGACGAUGACAGAACCACCUCAGUAUCUCAGUUUUUACGUCGACGUCCCUCUGUUGCAUCCCAAAACGCUACCUGCACCUUAUUAAUUUAUGAAAGCGAUGCAUUGCAUAAGACCCUUACCAAACUAGACCUCUUGUCUUUUAGUAAAUUUUAUCUAUAUGAAGUCCCAUUUUUGAUUGUACAGAACUCAACUGAACUGCUUAGUUUUUAAUGAGUGUAUUAUAUCCUACGUAGAAUUUGACGGAAAUGCUCCUUGCUGUGGUAUUUCGUAGAACCGUUCUGUGGAUAAAGUAAUAUUUGAACUUGUAGCACUGGUAAUAAUGUAACAUUGUAUGCUUUUUUCUGGCUUUGACUCUCAUCACAUUAGGGGCCUCUGUAGGUUAAUGAGACACUCUGUACCCAAAGACCCGCAGAGAGGUGGAGUCACGUGCGAUUGGGCACAGUGAUCCUUUGCAACCAUUGGUCCAUGUUAACAGUCAGCAGGGCUACUUAAACAUUGUGAUUAAAAUACAUAGGGGAUCCUAUCGUUACACCUUCGGAAAUGUCAUUUAACUAGAUGUUGCUCCAAUAAAAUAUCUAGCUACGUAA